AUGUUUGAGGUAGCAUUGUCAAGAGCAGUUCAUGGACCAGAUGGUGAAUGUCUGUUUGAUGGAAAGUUAAGAUGUUUCCCAUUGACAAAAGUUAUUCCAGCAAAGCGAUCUAGCAUACAUAGAGUGGUUGGCACUUUGGAAACAAAACCAAUCAAGAAUAUUACACAAUCAGUUAUAAGAAAGUUAUUUAUUGAGCAAUUGCUUUCCUCAAUCAAGGCAAAUUGGCCAAUUGAUGCGGGUGAAACAAUUUGGGUUCAGCAAGAUAAUGCUACACCACAUUUGCAACUACAUGACAUUGAAUUCAGAAAUGCAGCAAACACAGAUGGUUUCAACAUACAUCUUAUAGCACAACCCCUAAACAGUCCGGACUUAAAUGUUCUCGACUUAGGGUUCUUUAAUGCUAUUCAAGCAUGUCAACAUCAACAAGCCCCUAGAAACGUAGACGAGCUAGUAAGUGCUGUCAAGUAUGCUUAUGAAAUUUUUGAGCCUCGUAAAGUAAAUCAUGUGUUUCUAAGCCUACAAUAUUGCAUGCUUGAGAUAAUGAUGGUGCAUGGUUCAAAUAAUUAUAUACAACCACAUCAUGCAAAGGAAAGGAUGGAAAGAGCAGGAAAUUUUCCAACUUACAUAGAAGUGCCAAUUCAGUUGCUAAAAGAAAGUAUGACGUAUUUGCUGCAACAACGCAUGAUUUUACAUGGAUUAACAACAACUAUUCAGCACACAGAUGAAAGGGCAAAGGCAAAAACAGAGCAUAUUCCAAGGGAAAGUUAUAUCUCAAUCGUGGAGGAAACGUCUAUGCAAGUUGAUGAAUUGGAAGGUAUGAUGCAGGGCAUGCACAUUUCCAGCACCUGA